UAUACGUAAUGGGUAAUUUUAAGUAUAUGUUUAGCUGUGUUGUGCUUCACUUAUUAUUAUUGAAAUGUUGUUCCGGUGUCAUUUAUAGAUUAAAUGAAACACAAUAUGAGUCAAUGCCGCCUCUGUUCGCGAUGGACCACUACGAGGCUUGUCUCCAUGACCUGGACGGUAUGUACUGUGUAGCUGACUUCGAUUUGUAUGCUGUUGGUCACUCCGACCUUAUGAAGCUUAUACAGGAAUAUUCUGCUCACACACUAAAGCACUACAAUCACACACAAAUCCACAGAGGGAUUUGUGUCACAAGAACUUGCAAACAACAUAUAGAGAAAAACACAACAAAUGAGACAGCGGACCUAAGUCGCGUCCUUGAGGGGUGCCUUAACGAAUCCAUAUGGUUGAACUACAAAAUCCAAGCAAGACUGAAUAACAUUAAAUACUGUGAUAAAGCGAAUGAAACUAUGAGUUUGGAUGUGUAUGAUAUGGUCAUGGUUGUGGUUUAUUUUAUAAUAAUAAUUCUUAAUCUAGCCGGAAGCCUGUAUGAUGUCGCGUUCUCCAAGAAACCGGGAAGAGGAAAUCCCUAUUUACUAGCGUUCUCCAUUCGUCGCAAUUGGGCCAAACUGGUGGAGCCCGGGGGAACGGGCUCAGAGCCAAGACUGGAUCGGUUGAAGACAUUUUAUGGACUAAGGACACUGACGAUGAUCUGCGUGUUUUUUUCACACACCGUGCUUAUAAUGUCUCAUUCGUACAUCGACGACCCUCUUUACAUUGAAAGGUCUCCCGACGAACCUCUCAAACAGCUUCUCUUCAACGGGAGCUUGGUGACUCACACGUUCUUCGUCAUGUCCAGCUUCCUCCUCGCCUACAACUUCCAGUUGUACUCGGAGAAGACUAAAAUCACAUGGGUCCAGGUCCCCAAGGGCAUACUUCUCAGGUGGCUUCGGUUAACCCCAACAUUUGGCCUGGUGGUGUUCACCAUAUCGACCCUCAUGCGUCACGCCGGCAGCGGCCCCCUCUGGCAGCUGGUGGUGGGCAGCGAGGCGGCCGCCUGCAGGCAGUACUGGUGGGCGCACCUGCUGUACAUCAACAACUAUAUCUACGAUGAUGCGUACUGUAUGCCGCAGACGUGGUACCUGGCUGCAGACACCCAGAUGUUUUGCAUCGGCAUCAUCGUCUGCUUCAUCGCGCGCACUCCUCGCGUCCAGAAGAUCAUCAUGCCAAUCCUGAUGAUGGUGUCAGUUGGUAUCGUGGGGACUCACACGUACUUCCAAGACUUGGAUCCUGUGGUGCUGCAGGCGCCUGAAAAGUACCGCAACCUCUACGAGAAUGAUGACACCUUUCGUCUGCUGUACAUCCGGGGUCACACCAACUUGUCCACCUACUCCCUGGGCCUGGCCGGUGGCUUCUACCUGUAUUACCUGCAGCAGGAGAAGAAAGACUGGAACAAAUACAAAAUUUACCGAUGGGCCUUUUGGUUGAUGGCUCCUCUCGCGGUAGGCAUCAUCCUCUCUGGGGGUAUCUUCUACACGGACGAAGACACCAUCCCCGAGGCCUGGAAGGUUCUGUAUGCCAUGUUCUACAAGCCAGCGUUCCAGGUGCUCGUAGUAACGCUUAUCAUUGGGACAGCGCUUAAAUUCGAGAAAAUAUACCGGGGUAUUUUAGAAUGGCGCGGGUUCAGAUGGACCGGCCGCGUGAGCUACAGCGCGUUUUUGUUGCACACGGUUUUCCAAAGGGGUCUCAUCGGUAUACAAACUACUCCUAUACAUAUGACAGACUAUUUUGUGGUAACAGUGCUGAUGGCAACAAUCAUCAUGUCAUUCCUGGGAUCAGCUGUCCUCUGGCUGUUAUUCGAGUCUCCGAUAUCAGCGCUCAUCAAGGCUGUAAUGCGACCACAGAAAAAUCAGGACCAAAAUCAGAAUGUCUGA